ACUGGAAACUUGCUGCAAUUUGGAGAAAAUCCUCAUAUAAUACUAACAAAAUAGAGAGAAAAAUAUGGAGACAUGUUUCAAACAAAGCUGGACCUCUCAGACAUAGUGGGUAGCUUUGAUCUCGCUACCUUCCUCAUCAGAUGUUUAGCAAGUGUCAUCUGUAACCUGUGUUUUGGAAAAAGGUACAACCAAAGUGAGAAGGAGUUCCUCACAGUUCUUUAAGCCAGCCAUAGGGUCAUGCAGACCUUCAGCUGUAGCAAUGCUGCAGAUCUUGACCCAGCUUUUCAUCAUCUUCGUGACAAUAAACUGAGAUGUGUCCUCACUUGUGCUCAACAAGAAAAGUUUCAGGAACACUAUUUCUCUUAUGAUCAGAACUGUAUUCAAGAUAUUACUGAUACUUUGAUUGUACUAUGCAAAGGUCAAAAAAGUCAAAGUGAUGAAGCUAUGUUGACAAAUGAGCAGAUUGUUUCCAGUAUUAAUGACAUAUUUGAGGCAGGUAGAUAUAAAGAGAAUAAUCAACAUGAUACUACCAAAGACACUAUACUAGAUGGAUAUUUUAUCCCCAGAGAUACCUGUAUUUUCAUCAGUUGGUCAGCCAUGGAUCAGACUGAUAUUAGAUCCUAUCACAGAAUUAGAAAAUUAGACAGGCAAACACCCAGCCUUAUUAUGUUUGUUUUUAGAACAUUAUGGGUGAACCCAGGCCUAUUCAGCCCUAGAAGAUUUGUCUGUGACAACUGUCCACUAAACAGGUACCUAACAGCAAGAGUAAUGAUAUUUGGACUUGACAAAAGGAAGUGCUUGGGAUACAGCUUUGCUCAUGUUGAAAUCUUCAUCUUAACAAUGUUGCUACAUCAACUGAAUAUCAAAAAAGUUCACAAGGGCAGAAUUUAG